AGUUCUAUCGAAACUUACACGAUCGUCUGGUUAUCGUAGCCACAUGCUUGUUCUUCUUCACCAUAUUGACAUCAUUAACUUUGUACAAAGUUGUUUUUGCGACAUCUUCUUCCGUUCCAUCAGAACCCAAAGGCUUUAGGCCCAAACUUGAUAGGGCCUCCAUCUAAUUUCUUUUAUCUACGGGGUAUUUCCAUUUUGCAGCAACAAUUAACCCACCAGGUUUCAAUCUACCAACCCAAUAUGAUUCACAAUGAACAAGCAUACUCCAGGUUGUUGGCAAUAUGUCUUCAACACUGCAAACAAAUUCAAACCCGCCAACUGUUCGACGAAAUGCCUCAAAGAGUUAAACAAGCUUCCAGAGCCGUUAACCUCAUCCAUGCCCAAAGCUUGACACUGGGAUUCGAUUCCAUAGGUAAACUUGGCAAUGCCAUUGUCGAUUUGCACGCUAAAUGUGGCAACAUUGUGUUUGCUCAGAAGAGUUUUGACCGUUUGGAACGACGAGAUACGCUGGCGUGGAACUCGGUUUUAUCGAUGUAUUCGAGACAGGGAAUGUUGGAAUAUGUUUUACGGCUCUUUGGGUCUUUGCGGGCUUCUGGAGUUGAUCCGAAUCAGUUUACUUAUGCCAUUGUUUUAUCGGUUUGUGCAAGAUUGACGGAUAUUGUGUUGGGUAAGGCGGUGCAUUGUCAUGUUGUGAAAACGGGGUUCGUGUGUGAUUCGUUUUGUGAAGGAUCGCUUAUUGACAUGUACGCGAAAUGUGGCCUUGUAGAUGAUGCAUCAAAGAUAUUUGAUGGGUGCGUGUACGCGGAUACGGUUUCGUGGACCGCGAUGAUUGCCGGUUAUGUUAAAGGUGGUCUCCCUGAUAAGGCGAUAACGUUAUUUAAGGAUAUGUUGAAAGUAGGUCGUAUACCAGAUCAAGUAGCAUUUGUAACUGUCAUUAGCGCGUGUAUUGAAUCAGGGCGUUUCAAUGACGCACGCCAGUUGUUCGAUAAAAUGCGUGAUCCAAAUGUUGUAGCAUGGAAUGUCAUGAUCUCAGGGCAUGCUCGGGACGGUUGUUACCAUAUGGCUAUCGAUUAUUUUAAAAGUAUGACUAGAUACGGGAUUAAACCGACUCGAUCCACACUAGGAAGUGUUUUAAGCGCCAUUGCGAGUACAUCUGAUCUUGAUUGCGGUUCACAAGUUCAUGCGUUAGCAACCAAACAAGGGUUGUUUUCCAAUGUUUAUGUUGGAAGCUCUUUGAUCAACAUGUAUUCAAAGUGUCAAGAAUUGUGUUUUGCGAGGAGUGUCUUUGAUGCAUUAGACGACAAAAAUACUGUUUUAUGGAACACAAUGCUCGGAGGUUACGCACAAAAUAGAAACGCCGAUGAAGUAAUUAGUCUGUUCAUAAACAUGAGACAUUCUGGCUUCAUACCGGAUGAAUUUUCUUACACUAGUGUUUUGAGCGCGUCUGCUUCUUUGAAAAGUGUUGAAUUAGGGAAGCAGUUGCAUUCACUUGUCGUCAAAUACAAGUUCAACAUGAACUUAUAUGUGGGAAAUGCAUUGGUAGAUAUGUACGCAAAGUCGAGUUCUCUACACGAUGCUAUAAAACAAUUUAACAUGAUAAAGAAUCGCGAUAAUGUUUCUUGGAAUGCAAUGAUAGUCGGUUUUGUGCAGGAAGAAGAAGAAAGCAAGGCGUUUAGCAUGUUUCAGAGGAUGCGAAAAGACGCUAUUACCCCCGAUGAGGUAUGUUUUGCUAGUUUACUCAGUGCUUGUGCAAAUGUCCAAUCUAUCACCAAAGGAAAACAAUUGCAUUCACUUUUAGUUAAGUUAAAUAUCGAAACCAGCCUUUAUUCCGGAAGCUCUCUUCUUGAUAUGUAUUCUAAAUGCGGGGUCGUUUCUGACGCACAAAAAAUCUAUAGUUCCAUGCCGGUGAAAAGCGUAGCUUCUACUAACGCUUUAAUUGGUGGGUUUGUUGUUCAAAAUUCCGUUACGUUAGCUAUAAGUUUGUUUAAAGAUAUGCUAUAUGGAGGAUUGUUAAACCCAUCGGAGGUUACGUUAGCAAGCUUAUUGGAUGGCUGCAAUGAACCUUCCAAAUUGACUCUCGGAAGACAAAUUCACAAUUUUGUUAUAAAAUACGGUUUUUCUGGUUAUGAUGAUGAAUUCUUGGCGGUGUCUCUUUUGGGCAUGUAUUUUAACACGCGGGUCCCGGCAGAUGCUUUGGUUGUCUAUUCAGAGUUGCCAGACCCGAAAAGCACGGUUAUGUGGACUGCCGUUUUAUCGGGACUUGCUCAAAACGAUUGCAGUGACAACGCGUUGGAAAUAUACCAGGAAAUGAGGAGAAACAAUAUAAUGCCUGAUCAAGCGACGUUUGUUAGCGUUCUUAAAGCAUGUGCAGCGUUAGCGUCUUUACAAGACGGUCAUGUGGUCCACUCGCUCGUUUUCCACACGGGUUUUGACUCAGAUGAGUUGACUUGCAGUGCUCUCGUGGACAUGUACGCUAAAUGUGGGGACAUCGCAAGUGCUUCGCAAGUCUUUAACGAAAUAAUUAACAAAAAAGAUGUCAUCACAUGGAACUCGAUGAUUGUUGGUUAUGCGAAAAACGGGUACGCGGAAGACGCACUACGUAUCUUUAACGAAAUGAGUGAGUCAAAGUCAAAUAUAAAGCCUGAUGACAUCACGUUUCUUGGAGUACUCACCGCUUGCAGUCACGCAGGAAAAGUAACCGAAGGACGUCGUAUUUUUUACUCUAUGAUUAACCACUACAAGAUCGAACCACGUAUGGAUCAUAUUUCAUGUAUGAUCGAUCUUCUUGGAAGGUGGGGUUAUCUCAAGGAGGCCGAGGAAAUUAUCGACAAAUUAAAAUUUAAACCAACUGCUAUGAUCUGGGCUACAUUUCUCGGGGCAUGUAGAAUACAUGGUGAUGAAAUACGAGGAAAACGUGCGAGCGAUGAACUGUCGAAUUUGGAGCCCGAAAGUUCGGCUUCGUUUGUGUUGCUUUCUAAUAUAUAUGCGGCUUCGGGGCGGUGGGACCAAGUGAAGUUAGUUAGAAGGACUAUGAAAGAGAAGGGCGUUAAAAAGCACCCCGGAUGCAGUUGGAUUAAGUUGGGAGAGAGUACACACUUGUUUGUUUCGGGGGAUGACUCGCAUUCGAACUGUAGUGAAAUAUACGCGCUUUUGAAACAACUGAAAACACCGAUGAAGGAUCAAGAGUAUGCUCCACUAAUGCGAUGAUCUUGUUGCAGUAAUUUACUUCUCAAAAGUAUGCUCACAGGAAGUGUUUGGUGCAACGAAAAGGGUGACAUCACUUGUGAAAUAUGCGACCAAGGGUACACAUUUUUAAGAAGCAUGUACAAGGGACUGCAAGCUGGUAGAAGAGGAAGUUCAUCAGAUUUUUAAGACGCUCCGGGGGCAGGCUAGGGAUUUCACCCAUGAACCCUAAUAUCCGAUUAUAUAGCUUGUAAGUGAAUCGUCUUGCAAUUGAGACGUGAAGAUAGAAAGGCAGAUUGAAUGCGAAUGAUGGUGGGAGUCUCCAGGUUGCAGAUGAAGCAUCGUGUGUUUCAUGAUCAACAACGGUGGCGGUUAGCACGAAGCCAAUCGUUUUGGUUUUGCAGUUCCCGAAUGUCUCUUCCUUCCCUUUUGAAUGGGUUUUGCUUUUAAAAACACAAGGAAGGGAAGGACUGUACAUUCCAUUUCUCAUUGUCUCUCUCUAUCGGGGAUCCAAUUCCACCGCUGUCAUCGCUGCCGAUGACUCUCAUGGUGGCAAAGAAAUCAAGCAUUGAAGAAGAGAAAUCGAGAGCAGAGAGAGUGUAGCGGAGGGAAGAAGUGAGACUGAAGAGCCACCCACGGCUUCGAUGGCCAUUAUUUAAUAAAUUUCAAUUUUGAUGGCCAUUAUUUAUUUAACAAGUUUCAAUGGCUUUGAUUUUGGUCUGUUUAUUUCGUCUUGAAUCGCAACCAUAGGAAGACAAAUCGCAUGAGAAGAGCGGUUGGAUGAUCAUAUUGGUCUGAGACUGAAGAUGGCAGGAGGUCACUGCCCAUCAAGAUGGCAGGAGGUUACAUGUGCAAAAGGCAAAUUUUCUGGUGGUUUUGACAUCAGUGCAUUUGGUGCACUGCAGGAAGGGAAAGUGUCUCCAAGAGCUAUUUUGCAAAGACCAAUGGCAGGCUCUCAAGUUCCGUAUUGUCCGAUAGAGAAGAAAAUGUCAGAUUCUUGGUCACCGCUUGAUCCAAGUACCUUUAAAGUGCAGGGACAUAAUUUUUUGAAAUAAAAAGAAAGAAUGUGCUUCAAAUCAAGCUGCUUAUUACCCUAUUGGUGUUGAUGUAUUCUUAUCUCCCCGUAAGAUUGAUCAUAUUGCACGCCUUCUUGAACUCCCAAAAGUUGAAUCAUCUGGAAAAAUCCCUCAUUUGCUUGUUGUAAAUCUUCAAAAAAUAAUUGACGUUGAGGUGGAACGGGGUAGAGGUUUCCCGGUAGAUACCAUUGCACCCUGCAGGGAAAGAUUGAAGAUCUUGGGCCGACUCACAAACUUAGAGGAUCUUCAGUUGAGUUCCGCUGAAAGGAAGCUUAUGAGUGCUUAUAACGAGAAGCUCGUUCUCUCACGUCCC